UAAACUGUUUUGUCUAAAAUGUGUGAUACAAAUACCAAAAUAAUUAUUUUUCUUAUUUUUGUCUGCCUGUGACUUUGUUCCGGUAAUCUUUGCAACGGCUCGACUUUUUAGACGAAACUUUAAGUGGCAGAUAGAUGGUGCAAUAGAAACUUUUAAAAUAUUACCCUCAUUUAAAUAAUAACUUCCACGUCGACGAGGGCGCUGGUAUAAUGUUGUGGAUGAUUUCUUAUAUAUAUAUAUAAUAAAGUUUAGAGGUUAUAUCUAGGAGUACUAUUCUUAAGUAGUAUAUAUAUUUAAUUUUAAGGGCGUUUUAUUGGUAUUAUUUGUUAGUUUACUCAAAAGCAACACCGUAGUUAAUAUAAAUGAUUUAUAAGUUAAGGGCACAUAUUAUUCAAAUCAGUACUAAUUCAUUAUUCUUAACUCUCUUUCGUAAAUUUUAUCUCACUAUCGCUCAAAACGUCAAUUAUAUUCUGAUUUUGAUGUAGAUAUGCACGCUGAAAUAAUUUGUUAUCUAAUUUAAAAUGUCGUCAGUUUCUUGUUCAGUGAGGGCAUAAAAAGUUAAUAGAAAAGGUUUUUACUAACUAAAAGUUAUGUACUUCAUAAUAAUUGUAAAAUCUGUACAGCUAUUUAUCACACCAUGAUGAAAAGCACAGCAUUGAAUGAAAAGUACUACGGACUAGUGGAGAACGUAACUAUUCCAGCGAGUCUACACGAAUACAAUGGUAAACCAUAUUCAAAGGUGGGAAAUGCAAUGCCUAUACACUGUGCUACGCAGGAGGAAAAAGAGUUGUUAUCCAGGACGACGCACCAUUACUGCGACCUGUUCACAGACAAGCUGUUCGCGCCACUGGAAGAACUUGUAUUUGUCAGACUUGACGAGAACAAGGCCGAAAAGGUGUUUCUGAACCGUCAUAAGCGUUUGUUUCUGACAUCAAGUGACGGCGUGGUGGCCAGCUGGCGGUGUGCCCCGACCUUGGAGUCUCUGAACAAGUUUAUGGCUGGCACUCCGUUGGUGGGACGUGACGGUCGGGUAGUGUCACUGUUGACGGCAAAACAUGGGAACCACUAUGCUGUCUCUCACUUAGAGGGCGAUGGCGGCUACUUUGAAACAUCCAAGCCGUGGGAGAUAAAGGACAUGGAAGAUGGCCGACUUUAUUACGGGAACAAGUCCUUUAACAGUCGCGAUGAGCUGAGAGCUUACAUUCAGAACCUGCCUCCUCUAGAAGUGGACUCGUCCGCUCCGCCGCAACCUAUACUAUUGAGAGGAAAAAAUCCCAGGAUCAUUUUAGUUGCGGAGAACGGAAGACAAAUAUCACAUCAAUAUAUCUCCUCCAACUUGAUCACCGACGUUGAAUAUUUGUAGGCUAGGGGAUAAAAAGUUAUGCCUUAUGAAAUAAUGAGUAUUUUGUUUUAUAUCACCAAUAAUAAUCAUUAUUACAUAGAACUGUGUAUAUCACGUUUAUAAUUGUUAAUUGAUAUCUAAUGACAUAUAAUUAUAAUAAAAAAAAUCUCCGUUU